CACCCCGGCAAGCCAGCGACGGCGACGUCCUCGUACACGGAGGCCGUCGAUCGAAAUGCCGCCGCCCACCACCGGCAGCCUGUCGGCCCUCCUCCGGCGAUGCGCUGCGUUGGGGGCGCUCUCCCCCGGGACGCAGCUCCACGCGCGGGCCCUGGUUGGCGGCUGCCUUCCGGACGCCACCCUGGAAACCGACCUCGUCCUCCUCUACUGCCGCUGCGGGGCGCUCCAUCGGGCCCGCCAGGUGUUCGAUGGAAUGCCCUCGCCGUCCAGGCACGCCUACAACAUCCUCCUCGCUGCGUCCCCGCCCGGCGCGUCACUGGAGCUUCUCGCGCGCCUCCUUGCCGCAGGACACCGGCCCGACAGGUACGCCGUGCCCGCCGCGCUCCGCGCGUGCGCGGAGCUCCGGGACGCGGUCCUUGGAGCCGCGCUUCACGGCUUCGCCGUCCGGCUCGGCUUAUUCCCCAAUGUUGUGGUUUCGGGGGCGCUGCUGGACAUGUACGCCAAGGCUGGGUUGCUUGAUGAUGCCGUGAGGGUGUUCGACGAGAUGCCGAAGAGGGAUGUUGUCGUGUGGAAUUGCAUGGUCACUGGGUAUGCGAGGGCAGGGAGGGCAGCGGAGGCCCUGGAUCUUUUCAGGAGGGGGCAGGUUGAGGCCGCGGGCAUGGUGAAUGAUCUACGGGCCAUGCCGAGCGUUCUCAAUGUUUGUGCAAAGGAAGGGGAGCUGAUAAAGGGUAGGGAGAUCCAUGGCAAGAUGGUACGGUGCCUUGCUUUUGAUUCAGACAUCGCUGUGGGGAAUGCGUUAGUUGACAUGUAUGCAAAGUGUGGCCGUGUGGACCUCGCGCGGGCUGUGUUUGCAGGCAUGAAGGAGAAGAAUGUGGUGAGCUGGUCGACACUGAUUUCUUGCUACGGUGUCCAUGGCAUGGGGGAUGAAGCAUUGAGGAUUUACAAGGAGAUGGUGCCCAGAGGGGUGAAGCCAAAUUGCAUCACGUUCACUUCGAUCCUGUCAAGUUGCAGCCACUCAGGGCUUGUGAGUGAUGGGCGGAGGAUCUUUGAGGCCAUGAGCAAAGUUCAUGGUGUGGAGCCCACUGCUGACCAUUAUGCAUGUAUGGUUGACCUCUUAGGGCGUGCUGGCGCCAUUGAAGAAGCUGUUGGAUUCAUAAGGAAGAUGCCUAUGGAGCCUGGCGCCAGUCCCUGGGGAGCAUUGCUCUCUGCUUGUGCGAUGCAUAAUAAUGUCGAUGUCGGAGAGAUUGCAGCUUAUAGGCUAUUUGAAUUGGAAGAAGGCAAUGCUAGCAACUAUGUUACUCUAUGUAGCAUUUACGAUGCAGUUGGUCGGUCCGAUUGUGUUGCAGGCUUAAGGUCAAGGAUGAAGGAACUUGACAUGGUGAAGACACCUGGUUGCAGUUGGGUUGAUGUGAAGGGAAGAGCCCAUGCCUUCUACCAAGGGAGCAUCCCACGCUACUUGAGGAGACAGAUGCUAUGGGUUUUAGAUCAGUUACUUGAGGAUAUGGGUGCUUCAGAAUCUGAAGAUGAAUAUCUGAGCAUGAACUGAGAGCUAAUUGGACACUGAAUUUGUGAUGGUCCAAUAUUGACAAUCUCAUUUUCGUGUGAAGAUAAAGCAGCCAAUCUAACUUCAUUGCUGCUGUGCUACACAUGAUACAUUUUUAUGAUGUGAAGCACGGAAUUUUAAGUGAUAAGAUCUGGAGUGCUGUUAUGAAUCAUGAAGUGCUAGGGUGAGAGAAAGAAGGGCAAUUGAUUCAAGGGAAGAAAUGCCUUCUCUACUCCGACAGCCACAGCAGUUGUGCUGGUGUCUGAUGCCAUCGAACUGCGCAACAGGUAGCUCAAAGCCUCAAACCACUUGAUUAUGAACAUUGUGAUAACAUGAGAGGAAACAGAAAUGAUAAACUUCCCUAAAUGGCAAUUUGCAAUCAGUCAACUAGAGCAAUGUCAAUCUCUAUGAGGUGAAUGUUACCUUGUAGCCCCCAUGAGAAGUUUUAUGCUGUCACAUGAGAUAUGUGCUGAGCAUCAUUUCCUCCUAGUGUAAAAUCCUUGUGCUUGGAUCCUUUAUAUGCAAGAAAGUCUGUCGGUGAAUUCAUGCAAAUCAAGAGAUCAUUCCACACAAUGACAUGUUUUAGGUAAAGGGUGGUGGUACAGCCGGCGAUGGAGUGCGCGGUGGGGAGGAAAGGGAGAAGAAUAGCAACAGGGUUUUUGCACAAGAAUGUGGGCAUUUUUUUAAAAAAAAUGGGCACCAAAUCGGAAUUUCGCCUUCUUUGGCUUAGAAUAUCUUGCGGUCUGUUUGAUGGAAGCAACUAAAAUAGUAUCGUUACUGUAGUAGAAGGGCUGAGUUAGACUGCAGAUUAUUUGCUGUAAAGUGGAGGGCUUGUACGGAACAUUUGGUGGAUGCGACAUAACGAUCUUCUACGGUUCUACCGUACAC